CAGAAGUUUGGGCAGGAUUUUCCCUGGGCCAGGUCUUGGGUUCUCCAGUACUCAUCCCUCUCGGUCACUGAGAUGCUCUGAGCUUCCGGUCCGAACCUGGACGCGAAGAGGUGUAGUCCCUCCUUUCUUGAACGGGAAAACUAAGCUCACAAAGGUCCUUGCCAAGCCUAAGGCUGCAGAGUGAGCAGAUGGAAAAUGCGGGACUCAAAAACCUCACCUCGCUGUAAUUUGCACCGCCCUGUGCCAAGCUCUGUCCUUUCUUCCAUUCCUCGCUCCUAUUGUCAGCCUCGCUGCGCUAGGACCCUAAAAAUUCGGUCUCAUGUUGCCCAGGGAACAGCAUUUCGCUACACCCACCUCCAUGGAGUCCCCGCCCUCUCUCCCUUGCACCAGCCAAUGGAAGCGAAGAUCUUCAGACUGUGGGCGGGACGUAUCCUAAGACACCCAAUGAUGGUCGAGAAUCAUUGAGCACUUUACUAGUGGUGCCGCGGAGUGGGCGGGGCGUCCUGACCAGCCUUGAAGCCACACAGGCGGGUUGGGCAGGCGGGUCGCAGGUUGUGAAUCCAUGUGGCGGGGGCUUUGGACCCUGGCGGCCCAAGCGGCACGUGGGCCUCGCAGACUGUGCACGCGCAGGAACAGCGGCGCACCAGUCCCCGGCUCUGGAGCCACCAUCUUCGCGCUAAGCUCCGGCCAAGGCCGCUGCGGCGUCGCAGUGAUCCGGACCAGCGGCCCCGCUAGCGGCCACGCCCUCCGGAUUCUCACGGCACCCCGAGACCUGCCCCCGGCUCGCCACGCCAGCCUGCGCUUGCUCAGCGACCCCCGCUCUGGGGAGCCUCUGGACCGCGCACUGGUGCUCUGGUUCCCAGGUCCCAAGAGUUUCACCGGUGAGGACUGCGUGGAGUUCCACGUGCAUGGAGGCCCGGCAGUGGUGAGCGGUGUCCUGCGGGCCUUGGGCAGCGUGCCAGGGCUUCGACCGGCGGAGGCGGGCGAGUUCACCAGGCGGGCGUUCGCCCAUGGGAAGCUGAACCUAACUGAAGUGGAGGGCCUGGCAGAUCUGAUCCACGCAGAAACCGAGGCGCAGCGGCGGCAGGCCCUGAGGCAGCUGGACGGGGAGUUGGGCCACCUCUGCCGUGGUUGGGCUGAGACCCUCACCAAAGCUCUUGCCCACGUGGAGGCCUAUAUCGAUUUCGGCGAGGAUGACAACCUGGAAGAAGGUGUCCUGGAGCAAGCGAACAUCGAAGUACGGGCACUGGAGGUGGCCCUGGGUGCACAUCUACGAGAUGCCAGGCGCGGGCAGAGGCUGCGCUCAGGGGCGCACGUAGUGGUCACUGGACCCCCCAAUGCCGGGAAGAGCAGCCUAGUGAACCUGCUCAGUCGGAAGCCUGUGUCCAUCGUGUCCCCGGAGCCAGGGACCACCCGUGACGUGCUGGAGACCCCAGUCGACCUGGCUGGAUUUCCUGUGCUGCUGAGCGACACGGCUGGGUUGCGGGAGGGCGUUGGGCCGGUGGAGCAGGAGGGUGUGCGGCGUGCCCGGGAGAGGCUGGAGCAAGCUGACCUCAUUCUGGCCAUGCUGGAUGCCUCUGACCUGGCCUCUCCCUCCAGCUGCAAUUUCCUGGCCACUGUCGUGGCCUCUGCGGGAGCCCAGAGUCGCAGUAGCAGCAGCCAGCGCCUCCUCCUGGUGCUGAACAAGUCAGACCUGCUGUCUACGGAGGGUCCAGGUCCCGGUCCUGACAUGCCCCCGCAUCUGCUGCUGUCCUGUGUGACAGGAGAGGGGCUGGACGGCCUCCUGGAGGCGCUGAAGAUGGAGCUAGCUGCAGUGUGUGGGGAUCCGUCCACAGGUCCCCCGCUCCUGACCCGUGCAAGGCACCAGCACCACCUCCAGGGCUGCCUGGAUGCCCUCGGCCACUACAAGCAGUCAAAAGACCUGGCCCUGGCGGCGGAGGCGCUGCGGGUGGCCCGGGGGCACCUGACCCGGCUCACAGGUGGAGGGGGAACUGAGGAGAUCCUGGACAUCAUCUUCCGGGACUUCUGUGUGGGCAAAUGAGGGGAUCCAGGGAAGUCACACCCAGGCUGCGUGGAGACCCAGGAGCCUCAGGGAUCUCGAAACAGCUUAGCUAAAUGGGAUUCUCAUUUGCCAGGGAAAGAACUUGAUUGUCAAACAGUGAAGCAACACAGCUCAGGGGUAGUGAGCUCCCUGCAGGGGACUCCCUGGACAUUGAGGCCCAGGAAUGGGGCUGAAUGAAGGUCCUGUGGGAUGCUAGAUGCUGGGGGAUCCAGGUUGGGAUGGAGAAAGGAGAAUCUCAGGGGUUUUGUUUCAUUGUUUUUGAUUUAUUUUGCAAACACCAAAGGAAUGUAAAAAAACUCAGGUGACCUAGACGUGGUUUUUGUUUCGUUUUUUUUUUGAGAUGGAGUCUCAAUCUAUCACCCAGGCUGGAGUACAGUGGGGCAAUCUCAGUCCACUGCAAUCUCCACCUCCCGGCUUAGGUGAUUCUGCUGCCUCAGCCUCCUGAGUAGCUGGGAUUACAGGCAUGUACCACCAUGCCUGGUGAAUUUUUGUUAUUAUUAUUUUUUGAGACGGAGUCUUACUCUGUCAUCCAGGCUGGAGUGCAGUGGUAUGGUCUCGGCUCACUGCAACCUCGGCUUCCCAGGUUCAGGCAAUUGUCCUGCCUCAGCCUCCCGAGUAGCUGGGACUACAGGGGCCUGCCACUAUGCCUGACCAAGUUUUGUAUUUUUAGUAGAGACAGAGUUGCACCAUGUUGGCCAGGCUGGUCUUGAACUCCCGACCUCAGGUGAUCUGCCCGCCUUGGCCUCCCAACGUGCUGGGAUCACAGGCGUGAGCCACUGCGCCCAGCCCCAGAAGUUCCAAUGUGGAAAAUUUCCUUAGCCCUUCUCCAGUUGCCAUGGCUUAAUGUGUGUCUUUCUAGAACUUUCUCUGAAUGUUUGGAUACUUGUGGAUGUACCUGACAAAUAUGUUUGUUUUGUGUUUUAUAUAUAAAUGGUAUUGUCUUCA